UUACAAAUAGUUCCAUUUACUUACUGAAGCAAAAAGGUUUAGUUAGUUGUUAGUUCAAUAACAACAACACAAAGGUGAAAAAAACCUUGCGUUUUAGUACAUAAGUGUACGCUCACAGUUUCUCUUAGAACUAGUGUUCCUGAAUUGGUAGCUUCUUUUGAACUAUCCACUGAGUUUUUGGUCAUACCACAUCCUGUUCAGUUAGACAGCAAUUUGAACAUGGUAUGUAGUCCUUGUCCAAAGUGAGGGGAGUUGAACACUUUGUAAGGUCAUUAGCGAUCCUCUAAGCUUUCCCAGAAGAAAGAUUGAGCAGAUAUGGCAGACAAGGUGCAGGUGCUGCCGUACUUCUUCGGCAACAUCACUCGAGAGGAGGCUGAGGAGUACCUGAGACAAGGAGGAGCAGGAGAUGGCCUUUAUCUGUUGCGCCAGAGCCGCAGUUUCCUCGGCGGCUACGCCUUGUCAGUGUCCUAUGGCCGCCAGUUCUACCACUACACCAUUGAGAGAGAGAUGAAUGAUAUGUACGCCAUCGCAGGGGGCAAGUCACACAGAACCCCGAUAGAUGUGAUUGACUAUCACUCACAGGAGUCUGACGGGCUCAUCUGCCUGCUGAAGAAGCCCUUUCCCCGGCCACGCGGCACAGAACCUAAAGUUGGACCCUUUGAAGACCUGAAAGAGCAGCUCAUCCGGCAGUAUGUCAAACAAACUUGGAAUUUACAGGGUUCGGCCCUAGAGCAGGCUAUCAUCAGCCAGAGGCCUCAGCUGGAGAAACUCAUCGCUACAACAGCACAUGAGAAGAUGCCGUGGUUCCAUGGCAAGAUCGACCGUGAGGACUCGGAGCAGCGCUUGCUCAGGAGCUCGCACAUCAACGGCAAAUUUCUAAUUAGACAAAGAGAAAACAAUGGCAGAAACGUGUCCUAUGCACUGUGUCUCCUGCAUAAUAACCAAGUCAUGCACUAUCGUAUUGAUAAGGACAAGGCUGGAAAACUCUCCAUUCCUGACGGGAAGAAGUUCGACACACUUUGGCAGCUGGUAGAACACUAUUCGUACAAGCCUGACGGCCUGCUCCGAGUGCUUACCGAGUCCUGCCCAAGACCAUCACAUCAUUCAGUGAGUAUGAAACCACUGAAGUUCAAGAGGCAUUUAGAAACCAUGCAAGGUGCCACAGGUGGGAUUCUCUCCAGAAUCAAAUCAUACUCCUUCCCCAAACCUGGGCAAAAAAAGGGUCUUGAAAAUCCCUAUAACUUUAGAUCAAACGGCAGAGGUGAACUUCCUAAUCCUAAUAUCUUCGGCACAGAGGCUAUGCCAAUGGACACACAGGUGUAUGAAAGUCCAUAUGCAGAUCCUGAAGAGCUGCGGUCAACUACAGUUAACCGGAGCGACCUGACUCUGGAAGAUGGAGAGUUGGGCUCAGGCAACUUUGGCACUGUCCUAAGAGGUGUCUACCAAAUGAAAAAGACACAAAAGGUUGUUGCUGUGAAGAUACUGAAGAAUGAUGAUGAUAAUGCAGCAGUAAAGGAGGAGAUGCUGCGAGAAGCUAACGUCAUGCAGCAGCUGGAUAAUCCUUACAUUGUUCGCAUGAUUGGCAUCUGUGAAGCUGAGAACCUCAUGCUGGUUAUGGAGCUUGCUGAGCUGGGGCCGCUUCACAAGUUCCUACAGAAGAACAAACACAUCUCUAUGAAGAACAUCACAGAGCUGGUUCAUCAGGUCUCUAUGGGAAUGAAAUAUCUGGAAGAGCACAACUUUGUUCACAGAGAUCUUGCUGCCAGGAACGUGCUUUUAGUCACUCAGCACUAUGCCAAGAUCAGCGACUUUGGACUUUCUAAAGCCCUGACAGAAGAUGAGAACUAUUACAAGGCCAAAGGUCAUGGUAAAUGGCCGGUGAAAUGGUAUGCUCCUGAGUGCAUGAACUACUUUAAGUUCUCUUCUAAGAGUGAUGUGUGGAGCUUUGGAGUCCUGAUGUGGGAGGCUUAUUCAUAUGGACAGAAACCAUACAAGGGCAUGAAAGGAAAUGAAGUCAUCCAGAUGAUUGAGAGUGGACAGAGAAUGCAGUCGCCCCUCGACUGCCCGACUGAGAUGUACAACCUCAUGUUAAAAUGCUGGACAUACAAGCCGGAUGAGAGACCUGGAUUUUCUGUAGUUGAACCCAGAUUGCGGCAUUACUAUUAUGACAUAUCUCAGUGAUGACAUCACCAAGACCACAUGCAAAAUUAUACAGUAUGGUACUGGAAAACAAUCAGUUGUAUAAGGUGGUAUAAGCAUAAUUUGUAUUGACUUGGACAUAUUUUUCAUUGAAAUUUUUCAUGAUACUAUUUUGUUAAUUUUUUUUUUCCUUUCAUCAAUGGUAUACAUUCUAAGUAGAUUAUUGACAGCAUUUCAUCUUUACUCAUUUUAAGCAAUAACUUGUAUCAUAGUGUUUUUUAAGCAACUGUAAAAAUUGGCUUAAUAAGCUUAAAGUACUUAUUAAAUGGUUGGUUUUGCUUCUAAAUGCAUGUUUAGAAAGUCACAGAAGUGUUCUGUAUUUGAAGCUGAGUCAAUAUUUCUUAUUAAUAGGGGAGAGAGUGGGGUAAGAUGAGUCAGUGGGUAAGUUAACCCACCCCCUGUAUCUUUGCAACCGUACAUUUUUAUUGCCAUGUGACCAUAUAUUUCGAAACCACCCAUCAUUUCUGCCAGACUCAGAAAUGAGAAGCACAUGGGACGCGUGGAAGGCACCCAUUUACUUUAAAAACUGUUUUGGACUUGUCAACAUAAAAUUUUAGCAUAACAGAUGUAAUGGCUGAGUAAAAUCAAAGUAAAUUUGUCUGGGUAUAAAAAUAUUUAUGCAUAUUGGUGAAUAAGCAAUGUAUAAAACCAUGCAAAUCAUUUAGCUAAAUAUAAGCAUGAAUUGAUAAGCUAGCUAGUUUUUUUUCCGAAAUGGCAGCUAUGGAGCACAGUGACCCAAAUGCUGUGGGGUAAACAGCGUUUUAACUUUAACUUACAUAAGGCACUGAAGUUAAGUUAAAUUUCUGAAUUAUAAACUCGUAUAUUUUCACUGUAACAUUAUGCAACUGCCAUGCCACGAACCUUUUGACUAAAAUGUUUACUAGUUUCAGGGACAUUUAUUCAUUCACUCUAGUUUAGUUUUUUGAUUAAUUUUACUCAACAGACUCUCUGUUUAGUCUGUUUAUGGGAAGGUUACAGCUUUGGUGUUCAACAUAUUGUUUCAGAAAUGCAAACAAUUAAAGAUAUUGAAACUUCAAAUUUUUAAUUUCAUUUGGUUGUUUUUAUGUUUAUGUUUAGCUUUAAGAAAAGGGAAAUUUGAUCAUUAAAUUAGUUUUUAAGAGGUAAAUUAUCUUUACAAAUUCACAUGGGUUUGAUUCAGAUUCAGUUAGAUGGUCAGUUUAAACAGAUGGUGCAAUUUACCCACUGACUCGGAUCAACUUACCCCUAACCUGGGGUAAAUUGAGCCACAGGAACACUUUUUUUUUUUAUAACAAGCCAUAUUUUUAGAACCCUUUGUCAUAGAUGUAUUCUGAUCAUUUAAAAUGAUAGGAAACAUCCUGAAAUUACUUUAGAUACUUUCAUUGUACUUCUGACUAAUUUUCCAGUAGUCACGUCACGUUUAUUUAUAUACUUCGAACUUUGUUUUGGCCUGAUUUUGUUCAAAAUGGUGUCACACCAGUUCUUCUUCGAUUUCGCUUGAAGUAUAUUGGGGCCUUUACUGAGUUUCUGUCUUUAUCUAAUUGCCAAAUUCUAAUUUUUAACCUUGAGUUUAUGUUUAAAAAUUUAAAAAUGUUAAAGUGUUAAAACAAGCUGUCAUUCAUUCUAUUUGUGGAUAGUGUUUACUUCACACCAUCAGAUAAAUGUAAGCAUAUUUUGCAUGUCAUUACCUGUGUGACAGUCUAAGCAAUUAAAAUGCAACCAGUAAUCUUUUAA